AUGAUACCCAGAAACGAAGGUCCAUUGACAAUUGAAAAGAUCCUUGGCUCCUCUUCGCGGAGCUCAUCUAACUUUGUGGUCAGAGGCAACCUUGUGGGCUACAUAGCUAGUGGAGGCGUGGUUGUUUGCCAGGUCAACAAGUCUACUGGUGUCGUUCAAUCGCAGAGGUUUUACUGUGCAAACUCCAAGUCUGCUGCUCAAUCAAAUGCUGCUUCAUCUGCAAAUGGCUAUUUGAAGUUAGCUGGAGUUGUUACAGAGACAAGCAAAAAAACUGACGAGUAUGGUUUUCCUGUGGGGGCCGAGCCUGAAGUGGUGAGCCGUUCUGGAUCAGCCGGUAAUACCUCGGAAUACUCCAACAGCCCCAGCGCAAAUUCUGAAGUUCCGUCUAUUUCCUCAGGUCCCUCAAAGGGACGGAGAUUAGAUGACAAUUUCUCUACGAAGCUGUCCAGUCGUUUGAGAGCCAUCAACUCUAUCGAGAUAUCACCAGAUAGAAGGAUUUUGGCAGUGGGAGAAGUCGGCUACCAGCCCAGAAUUUUGAUAUACUCCCUGGCUUCGGAUGCAACGACAAGACCAGUUAUAAUCAUCCAGGAACAUCAAUUUGGUAUCAAUUCAUUGUGUUUUUCUCCGGACUCCACAAAACUUUGUUCGUUGGGUCUCAUGAAUGAUGGAUUUCUGAACAUCUGGAAGAUCAAGCUUGAAGGGUCGGCCAAAACAUUAACCUUUUGGGGUAGCAACAAAUGCUCUUCCGUCGUGAAUAAAGUUUUGUGGCAUGAAAGUUGGAUCAUUACGCUGGGUCUAAGGCACAUCAAGGUAUGGAAGAUUGUUGACGAUGAGACCAACUAUUCCAACACAAUCAUAAAAGGCCGCAACGUUUUGCUCAGGAACUUCUUGAACAGUUCAUUCAUUGAUGCUGCUUUUUUGAACUUCCACCAGGCAUAUGUUUUCACUGAUCAGGGAGAGCUGGCUACUCUUUCAUUAAAUGAUGAACCCAUGCAUGUCACUAAAGUUGGGGAAGUCUCUCAUGCUGUGAACAAGAUACUCAUAGACAGUGAGACCGAUGAGCUGAUUCUGGCAGGCUCUGGCUUUGACACUUUGCCCAUUGACACCUUGAUACCACAGGGUGUUCUGGAUAUCGAUUCAGUGGAGAUUAAGCCUAGCCCGAGCUCCCCAACCAAAAUCGUUCCAAGAACAGGUGUUUUAGCAAUGCAGUUUCUGGGAUCGAACAAGAUUGCUUAUUUGACAGAUAAUGAGGAAAUCCGUAUUCGGGAUCGCUUGACUGUGAAGACCUCAGCUUUCAAUUUGCUCAUAGAGCCUCUGCUAAAGAACCUGGGUGGAUUAAAGAAGUGCUCGGAUGGUUCUUUGGUUUUGUGGUCAAAAUUGGGUGCUAUCAAGACUUUGGGAGAUGGGGUUACGACCGUUCAUAAUUUCAUGCUUCCCGGAAACGAACUUAUUGAGAAUUCAUUGCUUUCGCUCGAUAUGAACUCGCAGGGCGAGCUCUUUUUGGGUGACAAGUUUGGCACUUUGACGAUUUUGAAACGUUCUGAGGACGGCAUAAUCCACGGAUACCAGUCUGAACAAACUAUCCGUGCCCACGACUCUAGCAUUAAUUCUGUGUGCUAUUUUGAAUUUGCAGGUCGAAAGUUUGUUGCAAGCGGAAGUAGAGACCGUACCGUUCAAGUUUUCAUGAAAGAUGACGUUCUCAACGACUGGGUGCUUCUCCAGACUCUGGCCAUACACAAGGGUAACAUACAUGAUGUCAUUUUCUUCCAGUCACGUUUAUUUGUAUCCUCGUCGGAUAGAACCGUGUCCGUUCAUGCUCUAAGUGAGAUGGAUGGUGUUGUGAGUAUCAUACAAGAAAAGCUGAUGGCCCUGAAGAACUCCCCUACCUGUAUGAAGAUUGUUGAUGAAGACUUGAUAGUAUCCACCAGUGACAAAACCCUGCAAUCGUAUUCCAUCAAAGAUGAUGGUGUCUCGCUGAUACGUACUUUCAAACUGCUAGUCGGCAACCAGGAGUCGAUUCAGGUUGAAAAUGUGAUUAUGCAUUCUGGAAUCUUGGUGGUUACAUCUAGUGAUAAGAGUAUCAGAUGUUUUAACUAUACCGAUUUGAAACUGGUGUCUUCUGGGUGGGGGCACUCAGAGAGCAUUCUAGGUCUUGAGACUACCGAAGACGGUAAGAUCGUUUCUGCUAGUGCAGACGGAUGUCUGUUCGAGUGGACCUUCAAGCAGCAACAGACAAGCUCCAACACUAGCUUAGCUGAUUCUAGUUUGACGAGCAUACCAGGCUCUCCGAGCAGCAAGGUGUUGCGCAAGGUUCUUCCACCACCGGGUUCACCAUCUGCUUCCUCUACGCCUCUACGCAGACUCGCUUCUCCUUCUGCAAGACUUAAUCUUUCUUCACCGGGUACGCGGCUGAGCUCGCCAGUUCGGUCGCCAGUCUCUAAAGCAACUUCACCUAGAUCACCUUCUCAUGUGUUGUCGUCGCCUCCACGGUCGCAGGUGCUUAGGACCAGAGUCAAUUCUGCGAGCAUUGGCGGGCACGAUAUUGACGAUAUCAUCAAUAGACUGGUUAAGUUGAAGAUACCAGUGCAAAGCAACGAUAAUUUGCUAAAGCUCAAGAGCGAGCUAGACCGGGUCUCCAACGCUGUAAGCCAGCAUCUGAACCUGAGUCAUGAUAAUGACCAGAGUUUACAGAAGAUCAUCGAAAACUGCAGUGAAAAAAUAGUGGAGAGUGUCUUGAAGAAAAUCGAUGUUUUGCAAGCCCUUGAGAACAAGGAGAAUGAAUAA